AUCCCAUCUCCAUAAUCUCGCGGCAACUCCCAAUCACCCUCAACUUUGUCGACUUCAUUGUUCUCUUUGACAACACUUCGGGCACCCUUUGCGAUCCGGUGUUGCGCCCACACAAUACAAUGUCGACCCCGCGAGUUCUUAGGCAGAGCCUCCAAAGGCUCGCACAGCAUGCCCGGUGCUACAGCAAGACCACCACCACCACCGCACCUCUCCGAACACAACCGCAGCGUCUGCCUACCGCGUGGUCGACGACGACACAGCUUUCUGCUUCUGCUUCUGCGCGCCGUUCGCUUUCCACCUCUUCCGCUCUCCAGCACGGCCACGUCGACCCUCCCAAGCCCGGCGAAGAACUCUACGUAACAUUCAUCGACAAAGACAACCAAACCCACCGUCUCGCCGUCUCCGAAGGCGACAACCUGCUCGACAUUGCCCAAGCGCACGACCUCGAAAUGGAAGGCGCCUGCGGUGGUUCCUGCGCGUGCUCGACCUGCCACGUCAUUGUGCAGGACCAGGACAUGUACGACCGGAUGCCGGAGCCCGACGACGACGAGAACGACAUGUUGGAUCUGGCGUUUGGACUCACCGAGACGAGCCGGCUGGGGUGCCAGGUGCACAUGACCAAGGAGUUGGAUGGGUUGGUGGUCAAGUUGCCGAGCAUGACGAGGAAUUUGCAGGCUAGUGAUUUUAAGUCCUAGACCGAACGUCAUGAAACGUGAUGGGAUUGGGGGAGGUAAUAUUAGGCGAGGAAGGGAUGAUGAGCCUGGAGGAAGAAGAUGGUAGAGGUGAAGGGGAAGGGGAUUUACUAUGGUGUAAAAGCAAAGGGAGACGGACGAUGGAAUAUAUAUGGUACAAAAACGAGAUCUGUUCCAUUUCUGUCGGGUUGUUGAGGCGACGGCGUUCAGCGCAGAGUUUAUCGGAUGUCUGUGAUGGGCAAUUUUCAUGUCGAUGGAGAUAGCGGAUUGGUAAGAGCAUGUUGAGUUUUCAGAUUUCGGCAUGGACCUUGUACGUUGUUCAACUAUUUGCCCAAAUCAAGGGCAUGGAUUGUAUAUAAGAAAAUAGCCUAGACCUUGACAAUAUGCAAACAAACAAUAUCACCCCUCUACACCAUAAUAAUUCCCUUAAGCCUCCUCCAAGCCACCCUUCUUCAACCCCCCACCACCGCUCGCAAUCAAGUCCAAGAACCCCUUCCUCGACAUCUCCGUAACCUUCUCCUCCCUCCUCUUCACGCCCACGAUUCCCUCCUGCCUCGCCGCCCGUUCCGCCUCCUGCGCCUUGACCUGCGCCGCCCUAACCGCAUUGAACAGCUUCACCACACCCCUCUGCGCCGUCUUCUUCAACCUCCUCUCCGUCUCCAGAAUCUGGCCCGUCGUCUGCUCGCCCUCUUUACCAUCCGGAAUCUCCUCAAUCUCGCCCGUCUGGAUGUUCAACGUCCUAGUCUUGCUAGGGACCAACACAUCACGCACCCGACCCUUCUCAAAAGCCAGACGCUUCUGCUCGCGCAAACGCUUGCGCGCCUUGGCUUCGAGCGCCGCAUCAACCAGGGACUUGGCGGCGGCUGCGGACUCGGCGGAGC